AUGGCCGACUCCGUGAUCCAGCUCAAAUGCAACUGCAACAACUAUCCUUGGGGAAGGACCGGCAGGCAGUCUCUCGCUGCCCGAUUGUGCGAGAAGACGAACCCAGAGUUCAAACUCGAUGACAGCAAAUCGUACGCGGAAAUGUGGAUGGGCACAUACCCUGAACUGCCGUCCUACUCACUGAAGACGGGCGAAGACCUGCAAGAAAUCCUGAACAGGAACAAGGACAAACUGAUUGGGAAGACGGUUGUCGACAAGUUCGGAUCCGACCUACCCUUCCUACCUAAGAUCCUCUCUAUUGCGAAGGCUCUGCCGCUGCAAAUCCACCCGAAUAAGGAACUGUCAGAAAAGUUACACAAGGAGGACCCCGAGAAAUACACAGACCCCAACCACAAGCCCGAGAUCGCGGUCGCACUCGGCAAGUUCGAGGCCUUCAUCGGAUUCAAGCCACUGCCGGACAUUGAACAGUUGAUGAAAUUGGAGUCGCUGAAACAAUUCCUGCCGCAGUCCGGCAGCCAGAAAUUCGACAAUGAGACGCUGCGAGAAAUCUGCCGAGCUAUGCUCAAGGCACCAGAGAACACCGUCGCUGCUGCGGUCAAGAGUCUCCGCUCGACGCCUGUAGAGCAGUAUGGCAAACAGGCAUAUAUUCUGGAUCUGAUCCCCCGGUUAGAGGAGCAAUAUGGACGAAGUGACAACGGCAACCUGAUUGCCCUGGUCUGCAUGAACUAUGUCAUCCUGGAAGCCGGAUCGGUGGUCUACAUUCCGGCAGACGGCAUCCACGCCUACCUGUCUGGCGACAUCGUCGAAUGUAUGGCCCGGUCGAACAACGUCAUCAACACCGGCUUCUGUCCCAAACCGGACCGCGACUCGGUGGAUCUGUUCACCAACACCUUGACCUUCAAGCAGCAUGACCCUAAUGAGCCCAUGCUCAAGCGUGAGGCCACUGCCAAGAGUGGGAAUGGCAAGACCAUCGAAUUCAAACCGCCCAUGAGCGAGUUCAACAUGCUAGUCACGGAACUGGCGGCGGGAGAGACGGAAACGGUGAAGCCUGUCUUGGGUCCCAGCAUCAUGAUCGCCACGAGUGGUCACGGCAAGAUGACGGUGGAUGGUCAGGAGUUCCCUCUUGACGAAGGAUACAUUUAUUUCGUCGGGCAGGGCGUGACUCUUGACAUCAGUGCCAGCGAUGAUCUGGCCGUCUACAGGGCAUAUGCUGAGUGA